UUCCGCCCAUCGUGUGGGCGUUCUCGAUGACCCAGGGAGCCACAUGCUUUGUCACACUCGGGUGGUGUAGAGCCUGAGAACAAGAAGUAAAUGUGGAAACAGCUAAUAGGCAGGAGAGGCAGGAAAGGCAGCAGCGAGACCGUGGGGCGACCCGAUCCAAGGCAGAAAAGGCACGGCCACCCACUGUGCCAGUGCCACAGGUGGAUAUCGUGCCUGGGAGGCUCAAUGAGGCCGAGUGGAUGGCGCUUGCGGCUCUCGAGGAGGGAGAGGAGGUGGUGGGUGACAUCUUGGCGGAUAUGCUGGCUCGGGUCCUGGAUUCCGCCUUCAAAGUCUACCUGACCCAGCAGUGCAUUCCAUUCACCAUCAGCCAGGCCCGGGAGGCCAUGCUGCAGAUCACUGAGUGGCGCUUCCUAGUCCAAGACAAGGGAGAAUCUGCAGUGGCUGAAGACCCCACAUGGGGAGAGGAUGAGGAGCCAUUGCCGUGCACGAUAGACUCCUGGGCUCAAGGUUCAGUGCCAGUGCUGCACACACCCACCUUUGAGGGCCUGCAGGAGAACUUCAAAGGCGAAGACCCCGGGAACUUGGACCAGAUCGCUUUAGGAAGAUCAUGGAUGGGUAGAGGCUCCCAAGAGCAGAUGGAAUCUUUGGAGCCUUCUCCGGAGCUGACAGUCACCCCGGGCCCCCCUCUCACACUAGAGCUGUUUCAAGAGGCAGAGCCCAGAGGUUCUUUAGAGGAAAAGGAGCCCCUUGUCGCCAAGUCCUUGAAGGAGAGCUCCCAAUCCUCGGUGGAGGCGGAGUUUGACGGCAGUCCUUCUCCGGAGCUGUCCCUGGUGGAGAGCUCCCGGGCCUCAGACGAGACGGUACAGCCCCUCAGCUUCCAGUUGUUGGAAGAUCUCAGCUAUGGUAUGCCCCAGCUGGACGCGGCUAGGGACCAGCUGGAGCCCAAGACAGAGGGGUCACCCCACGUGGCCUCGGGCGUGUCGGUCCCCGCUAGGCACAGCCCCACCGGGCCCUGUCUCUCAAAGUCCUUCCAGCAGCCCUGGUGCCCGGAUGUGCUGCUGAGCGCGCCUCCCUACAGAGCGGGCCGUAAGGCGGCCCCGCGCCUGGACCCCGCGCGGUUCCCGCGCCACUGGGUGCGCCCCCAGGCUGAGGUCCUGGUCCCAGACUCCGAUAUGCGCCCCUUGGAAGCCUACCUCGGUCGUCAGCGGGAUGAAAAGACCGAGGCCCCCGUGGAACCCAAAACCUCUAGCCCGGGUCUCCGCGUCUUUGAGGCAAAGUUCUUUCCUUUCCGUGCCUUGAGCCCAGGCCACCGACCCCGAUCCCCGAUUUUAAACUUACGCCUACCGUCGCCAACCUUCGGGUCAAAGCUGCCAUCCCCCAGCCCCGGGCUCCGUUUCCUCACUGCGCACCCGGCGCUCCUUGAUGUGGCUCGCAGCCCCAGCCCCAAGCUGUGGCCCAGUGCCAAGUGGCCUAGCGGCUGGGAGGGGGAGGCUGAGCUGCUGGGUGACCUGUGGGCUGGCCGGACCCGAGUGUCUGCACAGGGCCUGGAGGCCACAGACAGGGAGGAUCAGGAUCCCCCUAGAUGGCUUCAAAAUACACCCCACUUCCUCGACGCCACGUCCCAGGUGAUGUGGAAGCCCAUGUUGCUGCCAGAAGCCAUGCAGCUGUCUCGUGGUGUAAGCAUGUGGAACCCGAGUACCCAGGUGAUGCUCAGCUCUGCCGUGCCCCAGGAGGAGGACAAAGAUGGUGACACCUUUCCUCCCAUUGACCAGCAACCCAUCCCGACAGGUGCGCCAAAGCCCCAGGUGACUGCGGCACAGCUAAUGGACUCAACCCCCAAAGUGUGGUCGAUCCCUUGCAAGCCCCUGCCCCAUUCUGAGCCCUGAGCCUCUGGCAGUAGGAACUGGCCCUUGCCUCUGUUUGCCUGCCAGAAAUAAACACCUGAGUUGCCUUAAGAAUUGG